CACUCGGGAAGGCACAGCUAGGCGCUAGCGAGCGGCGGAGGACCUCUCUGAAACCGUUUGUUGUGAAUAGACCAAAAUAUUUUUGAUUCAGGGCAGCUUACCUUACUCGUCUUCUACAGAUAUCGUCUUCGUCGAAUCAAAUCGCAAGGUGCAUCGAUCAGUACCUUGUAGAAGGAGACCAUGGACCCAUCAGAGCAUAUGAAGUGGGAUAACGAAGAUACACCGUUAAUUAAAACAAUGAAAGGGGCAACUAUGGGUUUGGCUGCGGGAACUAUUUGGGGGACUGUUCUUGCUACCUGGUAUGAUGUGCCUCGUGUUGAGAGAAAGGUUGCACUUCCUGGUCUGAUAAGGACUUUAAAGAUGAUGGGAAAUUGUGGGGUGAGAUUUGCUGCCAUUGGAGGAAUUUACAUCGGUGUUGAGCAGCUGUUGGAGAAUUACAGGGUGAAGAAAGACAUGAUUAAUGGAGCUGUAGGUGGUUUUGUUGCUGGUGCUGUUGUUCACGGUUCUAAAGCGAGGAGCAUCACGACAGGUAUUUGUGCUGGAGCAUCUUUUGCAGUGGUUUCUGCAAUUAUUGAUUUAGGGGGUCAAAAGGUAUUCCAGGAUGAUGGUAGCAGGGAAUUAUACCCUUACAACACCAAGAAAAGAUCCAUCGCAGAUUCAUAAGUUGUUGCUGCUGUGAUGAAGGAAGAGAAGACACCGGCCACCGGAGUUUCAUAACCGUUUCCCAAACUUUCUGUAUGUUUUUUGUAUUGAGAUAUCUUCGUACUCUUAGUAUUGUUUUUCUUUCUCGCCUCAAAAUUCCUAGAGCCUUGAUGGAUUUGAAUAAAAUUUGCUUUCUCAUUCUGUGAAAGUUCUGUUGGAGGUUAUGUCUCAGAGACUCUUUUUGAGAUGAAUGCAGCUUCUAUUGUGUU